AUGCGUCACUUGAUUCGGAUUCCAGGGAGUAAGAAGGUUCGAAACCACUUUAUAAACGCCAUACCUGAAGAAAUAGCGACACAUCCUGGAAUUUCUGCAGCAGUUGUGGACAUUGCCGAGUACAACCGCCUGGCCCGCAUGCGAGGAUUCAGAGAAAUAAACAGCAAUUCUGAGAUGGCGUACCUCAUUUAUACUCAUCGCGACAUUUACAAGUCACUCAAGUUCCACCCGGAGCGCCAUCGGGCACGUUGGGACACCGUUCGCUUUGCUGUAGACAGGGUCCUGCAAAAGCGCAUGUUCAGAAUCGGUCUUGGUGACGGCUCGCCAGGUUCAACGCAUUAUACAUGUGAAUUCGACUACUCGCUAACUCCGCUGCACGACCUGACAACGAACGUGUACGACGAGGUGGGCAAGCUCUCCCUGUACCUAGACCUACGUAAGAAGUACGCUGACACAUCGAAACAAUACGAUGUGCUGUCUUUGGCGAACGCUACGCCUGAUUUUGUCGUUUUGGGUUAUCGGAGGUGCAUAAACUACGAGGAAGACUUGACAGUGCUCGUUCACCGUACUCGUGGUUCGUGGGUACAAAUCGCCUCCUUGCUGACCAUAAAAAUUACGAAACGAGACAUCGGCAUACAGUUUACGUUGGACAAAGACACAUCUGUAUACAAAUCAUGCCACGCGUGUUUGAGCUCCAAGGCUGAGAGUGUCGGAUUCCUGCAUGACGAGUGGCGUGACUGCUGUGUAGCUCCAGAGAUGCUGGAUACCCACGCCCGAUUGACAUUCGAGGAUUACCUGUGGGAGCAUCACAAUGUGUACGCCAACGGAAUGCAUCCAUAUCAACAGUCUGUGUUACUACUGGCCUGUGGAGCUGUGCACCACUCCUCGUAUUCGAUGGAGCACAAGGCGGGAAGUCCACCUGACACCAAUGAGGGAUUGGAUACGUAUUUAGGCAAUGAUGUUGUGGGCCCAUAUCUGUCCUUGAUGAAGCGUAUGAUUGUUCCUAGAUCCAUGAGUGAAAGCGCACUCCCCGAGGCUCUUCGCGGUAAAGAGGUCACUCGUGUGGAUUAUCUGCUGGGAUUAUGGCUCGCGUACGUCAGUUCGGUGCAGAAACUACGAAAGGAGUUGUCUGCAGUGCGGUUUGAGGAUUACGCCGAGUGCAUGACUACAGACGCUCUGGUGACCUAUCAGCAAAAAGCAAUGGUCAUGUCGCUAACGAUAAUAGCAGUGAUCAGCCUGGUAUCGGCACUUAUCAGCGGAUACAGAUUCAAGUCAAAGCAACGGCAAGCCAGGCUGGAAAUAGCCAAACAGGAACACGUAUUACACCCUGAGACCCCACGGUUCUACGGUGCGACCGACGUGGAUACCGAUAGCGUUCCGGAAAACAACAACCUUCGUCGGACGCCUACAUGGACAGAAGUGCCUGGCAAUUGA